AUGUCGCGAGUUGAUGGAGCAGAAGUAGCCAAGCACAAUACCAAGAAGGACUGCUGGAUCGUGCUCGAUUCAAAAGCGUAUAACGUGACAGACUUUCUGCUCGAGCAUCCGGGGGGCGCCCCGAUCAUUUUGAAGAACGCCGGAUCGGAUGCGACAGCAGAGUUCGAAAAGUACCAUCCGUUGAGCUACCUAGAGGACUACCUACCCAAAGAUGCCUGUCUCGGUCCCGUCGACCCAAACACAUUUGGCCACUUGCGCCAAGUCAAGAGCCAAGAAUCGACAAAGCCAUCCAAUACCGACCCAAACUCCAAUGAAAUCCCGCACGCGAGCCUUUGCGUCUCUGCGACCGACUUCGAAGCCGUGGCUAAAGCAGUAAUACCUCACAAGUCAUAUGUAUACGCCUCUGGCUCGGCCAAUACCGGUGCAUCGAUCAAGGGCAACAUCGAUGACUGGGGCCGUAUCAACUUCCGCCCGCGUGUGAUGCGUGAUGUGGGAGAGGUAGAUACGCGCCGCGAGAUCUUUGGUCAUGGCUCACCCUACCCAUUCUAUAUUUGUCCAAUGGGAACGAUGGGUGCCAUCCACCCGGGCGCCGAGCCAGAGAUGAUACGCGGGGCAGUGCGAAAGGGCGUACACACAGUAGUCAGUACAGCGAGUUCGAAGAGCAGCGAGCAGAUUAUGCAAAGUUACAAGGACGAGCAGGAACGGCUCGGUCAUGGAAGUCCAACUCAGCUCUUCUACCAGUACUACAUGCCUGUAGACAGGAAGAAAGCCAUCGAGCUCUUGCAUAUCGUCAAACGCUGCGGAUACAAGGGAUUAUGGAUCACGGUCGAUGCACCCAUUUUGGGAAAGCGAACCGCGGAUCGUUACCUGCAGGCUGAAGAAGCUUUCGCGGUAGGCCUCGCAGAGGAGAGUACAGCGGACUGGGAAGCAGGAGGUGAUAAUGCUUUCGCACCCGCCAUGGGUGGACGCCCUGUUCAGGGUCAACUGAGUCCGCACUUGUCCUGGGCCGAUCUCGAGUGGAUUCGCAAGGAAUGGGAUGGGCAUAUCGUGUUGAAGGGUUUACAAUGUGCGGAAGAUGCCAAGCUUGCGAUGGACUACGGUUGUGAUGGUAUCUUGCUGAGUAACCAUGGGGGUAGACAGCUCCAUACCGCACCUAGUGCCCUCAUGACGCUCCUGGAGAUCCGAACGUAUUGCCCAGAGGUCCUGGGAAAGCUGGAGGUGUUCCUCGAUGGCGGCUUGAGAGACGGAAAUGAUGUGCUCAAGGCGUUGUGCCUGGGUGCAACUGCUGUUGGUGUAGGCAGGCCAUUCCUGUAUGCGCUUGGCGCAUAUGGGUCGAAAGGUGUUGAGAGGUGUGUUGACAUACUCGCGGAAGAGGUGCAAACGGGCAUGCGAUUGCUGGGGAUUACUUCAUUGGAUCAGUGUAAGCCGGAGAUGGUCAACGCGACGCGUUUGCUCAACGAGAUGUGGCGACCAGAACCAUCAGAUCUGAAGAGCAAGCUGUAG